GAGUGGAAUCUGAUGAAAACGGUCUGGACAAGAAAGAUUUUAUAUCGACUUCAGACGUUAAACGGGUAACUGCAGAACUUGAUUCAGAUAAAAUAGAAAUUGAAAACGCUGUGUAUACGGCUACGAAGUCGAUCACGUAGAAUCGAAUGGAGAAGAUCUGCAGGCUGUUGGUGUAACAAACAAGUAAACACUGCUGUUAAUAAUAUCACAAGAAUAAGUUAUAUACAUUAAGAGGACGCAACGCGUCUAUUUGUAUUAAAAACAGUGCGUUCAAAAAUUAAUAAUCUACAUAUUUUUAAAUAGAUUUUUUUUUACUGCAAUGUCUGUAACUUGGAGUUUAGUUUCUAUAUUCAUAAAUAUUUUUGUUUUGCUGUACAAUUUUAAUAGCACGAAGCCACGAACAUCUUAAUACUAUAUUAUACUUUAAUAUUUAAGCAGAUACAAUAAAAGGGUUAAUGAAAGGUUAAUUUAGGUUCUAUAGCAAUUUUCACAUACUAGCUAAAGUAGUAAAUUAAGACAAUUUAUGAGAUUCAAAGAUGGACAGUUAGGCAAAUAACAUAACUUCUCUAUUUGUCAUACUUAAAUGACUUUAAGUAAAAAUACUUAUCAUAAUUUAUCUAGAUAUGUAUAUAUAUUAUGUAGUAGCCCACGUAGUGGCAACUGAAUUAUACAGUUACCUAAUAAUAUACUUAAUAUAUGAAAAUUAUUUAGUAUAAUAGUCGGUACAUACAGUAUGUAAUAUACUACAUAUAAGCACUUAGUUCACGAAUAACAUUAUAAAUACUUAUUUUUUAAUUAUCCACUUACUUCCCAAAAAUAUUUGUUGCUUAUCCUUUUUUUUUUUCAAUACCAUAAAUUUAUUUAUUUAUUAGUUAUACUUUCCAAUUAGAAACCUACGUAAAAACACUAGACGUUUAAAUAUUACACCAUGUGUCCAUGUCACCAUAAUAUGUACUUAUUCUAGUUAUUCUAAUAAUCUAAGUACCCAUUAUACCAGAAAUAUAUAGUCUCGACAAUUUACCUAGGUAUGUAAAAGUAUUAAUUACUAUAUAGCAGUGCCAGAUUAAGUGCAUCGCGGGCCGAAUAAGACGGAUGAGUAUAAUUGCAUAAUUGACAUAAAUAUAGCAAAAAAGAGGUAUCUACAUCUUUCUUAUAUCUCAGCCGUGUUUCUGAAAAAAAAAAUUAUAAAAAUAAUAUAUUUUGUAUUUUUAUUUUUUAAUAUAAAUAAUAUUUAAUACAUUUUUGCCUUAAGCAAUGCUUAAUUUUCUUAUAGGAUAAUAUAUAAUUAACUAAGUAAUACUGAAAAAUUUUAUUUUAAUUAUUUGUUUAUUGUAAUUAUGAUAAAAUAUCAAUGUCAAGCAAAUAUGUGAUUUGUUGUUAUGCUGAAGUUAAUUCGAUAUACUUCCGUAUUUAUGUUGCCAAGUCGACGUUGUAUUUGUGUAUAAAAUAUAUACACUGUAUUUGUUCAAAAAGAAUACAAACUAUAUACUUAUUUAUUUUUCUCUUCAAGUAACUAUUAAAUAUAGUAUUUAAAAAUAUGAUAAAUAUAGGAAAACCAUUGCCGAAAGAUCACGCUGAAGUGGCUAAACAUGUAAAAGCAAGACUUUUUGAUGAAGAACGAAAAAAACGAAUUUUCAACCCAACUACUAGGACUAUUGGCAUCGAUAAGGAUGCACUUGAUAAACAAGUCCAAGAAAAGAAAAUACUUCGACUACAAGAACAAGCGAAACAUCAAGCAUAUUCAAACAAACUAUUACAAGACUGUGCCACAUCCUUACAACUGGACGAACAAAAUAAAAAAAAACAAAAAGAAAUAGAUUUAGAGAUCUUAGAGUUCAGAAAAAAAUAUCAAGCUCCUGAAACGCGUAGGGAGUACGACAUAUACGACCCUCUACAAUGCAGAAAAAGUCAGCCUAGCCGCAUUGGUGACGAUGACCCGAGAAUUACAUUGUCGUCGGUUCAACGAUUUGAAGGCGAAGAGGGCAUAACAAAAGAACAAAAAGCGGAACAAAUACAACAACAGCGUGUGUGGUUAGAAAUGCAAAUACGUGAAAAAAAUAUGACUCGAGAAGAGAAUAAAAACGUCGAACGUACGUGGCAAGAAACCGAACACACAACAGUUCAGCGAGCAAUGGCACUUGCAUCACUGGAGAAUGAGUGUAGGAAAAAAUUGAUAGAAGCAAAUUACCGAUACAACCAAGCUCUAGCGUCCGAACAAAAAAUGAAUAAAAGUAUUAUGGAAGCUGAGUGCAACGAAGACAAAAUGGCAGAAGUGUAUAACGCGAUCACUGGAGACUUUCUAACGGAAAAUCCCGAACACGGGUUCAACAGUGCUUUAGGGCCAGGAAAAAUAUCAACUUCGCUCUAUAAAGGUUUUACGCCGGCUAUGAAACAAGCAAUAUACGAUGAACAAGCUAAUCAAAGAGCAGAACUUAAAAUACGAAAAGAGGCAUUCGAUAAACAAGAAAAAGAUUGGGCUGAACUUUUAAAUAUAUUGGCUAGAUGCGGCACACUGAAUGAUAGAGAAAUGCAAAAGAAAAAAAGAAAUUUAGAAGACGGAAUAAAGGACUUCAACUUAGUUCUAGCUAAUGAACAGAAAAAUAAACAAGAGUAUCUGAAUAACGUCCUGUAUAAAACGAAAGCUUCAAAUGAGUUUUUCGAUCAGUUUAAUAAAACCACUCGAUAAUUUAAAUAAAUUGUGAAAGCUUAUAAAUUAAAUGAAUUAAAUUCUAGUGAAUAUAA